AGAAAAGUUUAGUACAGCAAAUAAUUGUAAAUAAACUUUCAAAUUUUGAGCUACCUCACUUCAUGCGGCUUUAUCAUGCUCCCGCUUCUUCUCGAACUUUGAAAUUCAUAAUGGCUGCAUAAUUGACGUCACAAGGACCAAAGAAUUAUAGGAUGCCUCACGGUGAUAUAUUCUACUGACUAAUUCGUGUUUACAAUGCCUUGUUGAUAUGUUUCGAAGUAUUAAAUAUUUAUGAGAUAUAGAAGAUUCAUUAGCGCUAGAAAAAAUUUUUGUUGUUUGCUUAAUGCAGAAUUAUUUGUUUUCUUUUAAAAGCAACCCUUUUGUUAAGUACUGUAAUCUUCGGAUGAGUCGGAAUCAAAAUGUUCUAACGUUGUACUUGGCUUCCAGUUUAAACCUAAACGUAGGGGGGAUUUAUCGGACUCAUCGUGGGUGACAUAUUACAGUGAUAGCGAUGGGGAAAUAGCAGAAUUAAGGAUUAACCUUGACGCUACGUCGUGGUGUAAAUGCAACAAUUGCCGUCAAAUGAGCACUGAAACUGAAUGUUUUUGCUGUCACGAACUGGAAUCAAGACAUAUAUAUAUAUAUAUAUAUAUAUAUAUAUAUAACCUACAAGGUGUGUACUUUUUAGCGGGAUAUACGAAACAUUAUAUGCUGAUUAUUAAGUUAUUAAAACUAUAUUCUUUAGAAAUAAACUGUAUAGUCAAUCACGAAGAUUUCGAGCCGAUUGUUUUAAGGAAAGGAAAUCUCUGGACUGCUUUGGUUGGAAUGUAUGAUAGAGAAUCGUCAUAUCUUCCUCCAAGAAAUGACGUUCCCAAUAAAACAUAUUGCUAUGCUGCUUACCGACAGUUCACGUGGUGGGUUCACAACAGACUUGGCAAAUCUGUGCGAAGGGUCAUCCCGUCAUGUGCAGUGACAAAAAUUCGUGAUGCUUAACCAGAGCCGGACGGGGUACACAGGAUAUAUGGAAGGGCGUGUAGUUCCUGAAAAUGAGUUAACAUGGGUUUUCCAUGAUGCAAAAAAUGUUUUUUAAAAAAUAAAAAAAAAUAAAAAAAUAAUAUGAACAAAUUACAUAAAAAAAAAGUAAAACAAAAUUAUGUCAUUCGUGAGUAUUUAAUUGAGUUUUCAAAAAUUUCCUCUCUACAGGGCAGGGGUAAUGAAGGCUGGUUUUCUUCCCGGACGGCAAUUACAGAUGCCUUUCACCUACCAAUUAUAUUUACCCAUAAAAUCACGUGACUUAGUCUUCUUUAGCAACAAGACAGCACAUUUUUUCCCUUUCCUUUUUCACCUCGCUAAUAAUCUCUCGUGGUUUGUUAUCAAUCACUAACCAAAUCUGUUAAGCAUGGCCAACAAACAAAUCGAUAAAGAAAUAUAUAGAUGUAGCCCUUUCGUUAUAAACAGACCCUUUAAAAUGACCGACCGCUUACGUCAGGUCGGGUUGUUCUGAUUCUAUCACGGAUCAAUUUCACUACCCGAGCAGAAGGCGGUAUAAGAAACAAGGCCUGUGUGUCGCCCUUGUUUCUUAGGUCAUCCCUUCACCCACACAACAUCCUUUCUCUACAUACGAUACUUCGAAUCCUCCACUGGAGAGUAGGGACACCCAAUCAAAAAACAUGUUUACAAUAUGAAAAAGAAAAUAUUUUUAAAGCUAAUUAGAAUUGUGAUAGCGGAACAACUUCUUAAUAAUUAAUUUCAUAAAGAAAUCUCGCUUCGUCGUCUUCAUGCUGCAAGACGGUGUGGUUUUGGCUCUUGUGACGUCAGGAGGUAUCCUGAUGUUUUUUUCAAGAUUUUGAAGCGUGUUUUUAAUGCUGCAAUAAUGGCGGUCGAAGCACAAGGUUUUAUAAAAACAUGGAAUAAGUAAAUCGUGUUUAUGUUUUUAUUUUGCAAGUAAAUCAUUAAAUAAUACUUUUUUCUAUAAUGUUUUAACGGUUUCUUUCGGUUAAGAUGAACUUGUUAUAACGUCGGAGGCAACCUUUAA